GAGACACCAAGUGGCCCCACGUCCAAGGUCUUGCGUUGGCUGAUCCGCAAUACCUGGACAACGAUCCUAUCGAACUGCUUCUGGGCGCAGAGGUCUGCUCAACCAUCCUCCAGGAAGGCCUGCGCAGAGGCGGACCGCAAUCCCCCAUCGCACAGAAAACUGUCUUCGGGUGGAUCCUCUCCGGGGGCUGCAGCGCCGAAUCACUUCACGGCCGUCCCAGCUCUCUACACUGUGCAGCUGAUCACGACCUGAUCCAGCUCGUGCAGACCUUCUGGGAACAGGAACGGGAGCCCUCGCCUCCUCCCCUCCUCUCCCCCGACAAAGAGAUGUGUGAGACACUCUUCACCCGCACGGUUAGCCGCACGAGCAGCGGGCGCUACGUAGUGCGCCUGCCAGCCGAGCGACUCCUGGCCGCCAUGGAGCGCAAAUUCACCCGCGACGGAAGGUUCAGAGAACUGUACACGGCCUUCAUGCAGGAAUUCCUCGAGCUGCAACAUAUGUCAGCGGUCCAUCCUUCCGACAAGGGCCAAGCACGAUGCUACUUGCCGCACCACGGAGUGCUUCGCGACGGCCAGCCCGAUAAGCUCCGGGUGGUCUUCAACGGUUCACAACGUACGAGGUCCGGUGAGUCCCUGAACACAAAAUUACUAGUCGGAGCCAAUCUCUUGCCAUCACUCGCAGACGUGUUGCUCCGUUGGCGGUGGCACCGGUUCGCCUUCGUCACGGACAUUGAGAAGAUGUACCGGCAAAUUCUCAUCCACCCCGAAGACCGCGACCACCAACGAGUCUUGUGGCGAGCGGACCGCAAGGGGGACGUUCAAGAAUUCCGCCUCAACACUGUGACCUACGGGCUCGCGUGCGCGCCAUUUCUCACGAUCCGUACGCUGCACCAGCUUGCCGAGGACGAGGGCGCGCGACACCCGCGAGGAGCCGCCGCGCUCCGCCACGAUUGCUACGUGGACGACAUCGUGACCGGAGCACACUCACUUCACGACGCGAUCGCAUUGCAGACGGAGCUGCGCGAGCUCUGUACGGCGGGCGGAUUCCCGCUGAGAAAGUGGGCGGCAAGCCACUCCGAGAUCCUCAGAGGAGUCCCGCCCAAUCACCGGCUUCAGACGCCACCGCACUCGUGGAACAACCAAGGUCAUGCCACCCUCGGCCUUCGCUGGCACCCGAAGAAUGACCAGUUCUCCUUCGUCAUUCGCCCCCUCACCGAAGUGGCACUCACGAAACGACGAGUUCUCGCCGAAACCGCUCGGCUCUUUGAUCCACUGGGCUGGCUCGCCCCGGUGAUCAUCCGCGCAAAGAUCCUUAUCCAAUCCGCCUGGCUGCAGCGGAUUGAUUGGGACACGCCGCUCCCCGCUGAUGAUGUGCUCCGCUGGAAGGGCCUUCUCGACGAGCUUCCUCUCUUCGAUCAAAUCCGGGUGAACCGUUGGCUCGGCUGCGACAGCGAGGACUCACAACUGGAGAUGCACGGGUUCGCCGACGCAUCCGAGCGGGGAUACGCGGCCGUGGUGUACCUUCGCUCCUCGAUUUCAAACGUCCCCUCGCUCCACUUACUGGCGGCCAAGAGCCGGGUCGCCCCUGUAAAACAGGUGUCCGUGCCACGACUUGAGCUCUGCGCUGCGGCACUGCUCGCCAACCUUGCGCAACAUCUUCGCAGCACACUCGAUCUCGGCGCGACUCCAGUGUAUCUGUGGUCCGACUCCAGCGUGACACUGCAUUGGAUCCAGGG